UAUUCAUGCGUUGGAUGUAAAUUUUUCUAUAAUUUAUUACGUGAAAAAUGAUAUUUUUCAUUUUUAUUAGAAUAAUCCCACCAAUCAAUGGGUUCGAUCUCGUACUCUCGGAAAAGUCAAUUACUCCUUUUUCUCUUCUGACAAUCCCAUUUCUCUUGAAGUUUCCACAACUUUCUGUAUUGGAACACCUGUGAGUCUGAGAGUAGGACUGAUUCUAGAACUCAAGAAACCACCAUGGACGGCGGUGGCAACAGUACCGAAAACAGUGGUACGGUCGGGGUACAGAUCCAGCUCUGCCGCAGGCUGCCGGAUUUCCUCCAAAGUGUUAAGUUGAAAUAUGUUAAACUGGGCUACCAUUAUUUGGUCUCUAAUUUGAUAACUCUUUGUUUAGUGCCCAUAAUGUUAAUUAUUAUAAUCGAGGCAUCGCAAAAGAACCCUGAUGAUAUACGACAGUUGUGGCUUCAUUUGCAAUACAAUCUUGUUUCUGUCAUAAUAUGUUCUGCAUUUUUUGUAUUUGGAUCCACUGUGUAUAUUAUGACUCGGCCCAGACCUGUUUAUUUGGUCGAUUAUUCUUGUUAUCGGGCUCCUGAAAAUCUGAAAGCGCCGUUUCAUCUAUUCAUGGAGCGUUCUCGGCUGACGGGAGAUUUUGACGAGUCUUCACUUGAAUUUCAAAGGAAAAUUCUUGUGCGUUCGGGGCUUGGGAACGAUACUUAUGUGCCUGAGGCUAUGCAUUUAAUUCCUCCCCAGCCAUCAAUGCAGUCUGCGAGGGAGGAGGCUCAGCAGGUGAUGUUCGGGGUGUUGGAUAAUUUGUUUGCGAAUACCAAUGUUAAGCCAAAGGAUAUAGGAAUUCUUGUGGUGAAUUGUAGUUUGUUUAAUCCAACGCCAUCACUCUCGGCCAUGAUAGUGAACAAGUACAAAUUGAGGGGGAAUAUUCUGAGUUUUAAUUUGGGAGGGAUGGGCUGUAGUGCAGGAGUUAUUGCUGUUGAUUUAGCUAAGGACUUGUUGCAGGUGCAUAGGAAAACUUAUGCUGUUGUAGUUAGUACUGAGAAUAUUACGCAGAACUGGUAUUUUGGGAACAAGAAGUCGAUGUUGAUACCCAAUUGUUUGUUUAGAGUUGGAGGCUCGGCGGUUUUGUUGUCUAAUAAGUCGGCAGAUAGGAGGAGGGCGAAAUACAAGCUGGUUCAUGUGGUGAGGACACAUAAAGGUGCAGAUGAUAAGGCGUUCCGAUGCGUGUAUCAGGAGCAGGAUGAUGCCAGGAAAAUUGGGGUUUCUUUGUCAAAAGAUCUAAUGGCUAUUGCCGGUGGGGCUCUGAAGACUAAUAUCACCACGCUAGGUCCUCUUGUGCUACCGGUCAGUGAGCAGCUUUUGUUCUUUUCCACGUUGAUUCUCCGAACGUUGUUCAAAAUGAAAAUGAGGCCUUAUAUUCCCAAUUUUAAUUUGGCAUUUGAUCAUUUCUGCAUACAUGCUGGAGGAAGGGCUGUGAUCGAUGAGCUGGAGAAGAACCUGCAGCUGCUACCGGUUCAUGUGGAGGCUUCAAGGAUGACUCUCCAUCGCUUUGGGAACACUUCAUCGAGCUCCAUUUGGUAUGAAUUGGCAUACACCGAGGCAAAAGGAAGGAUGCGGAGGGGUCACCGAGUCUGGCAGAUUGCUUUCGGUAGUGGGUUCAAGUGUAAUAGUGCUGUGUGGGAGGCACUUCAGAACGUAAAACCAUCUUGUAAUGGUCCCUGGGAGGAUUGCAUAGACAGUUAUCCUGUGAAUUGCAUCUCAUAGAAGGAUCUUACUAUCAUUUGAGGUAGAACAUAUGUAGUCGAGUCUCGUGUCUCUUUAGUCUUAGUUUAUACGGUACUUUAUUUGGUCUCAUUACCCAAAUAAGUGAAUAUUCAAGAAAUACUUUGGAAUUAUCUUUUCUCCUUCAGUUGUGAAUCUAUAUUUUCUAUUUGGCGAA